AUGCACCUCAAGCCUCUCUCGAUCCUCGUCUUGGCAGUCCUAUGGAGCGACUGCACUGCUCAGUCAUGCUCGCCUGCCGUUAACAUCGACUUCAAGGCGAGCCUGGGCAUCAAGGGGGAUGUGACCGACCCGACUCGCUCCGUCAACAACAUGCCGGUCUAUGGGCCCAGGAGCAUACCCGCGGAGAACAUGCUCAUGAUACCGGACUCGCAGCUCCAAAUGAACGUGACGGUCUGGUGGAACUCCGAUCAGCAGCUCUCAGCGUUCGCGAGCGAGGACCCAGGGCUGCCCAACGGAGCAUCGUUCAUGCCCAGCUCGUGCUAUGGCGAAGUUCGAGUCUCGACCCUGACCGACCCUUACUCGAGCGUCUGCAAGAGCUUCUUGUGGACGCCCAACAGAGAGCAGGUCGGGACCAACUACUCAGUCUGUGUGGUCGCGAUGCCAACCAACAUGAUCAGCUGUUCCGUCAAGAAGUGCUUCUACGUAUCCGUGCUGGCCCCUAAGAUCGUCUUCGACUCCCUUUCUCCGCUAGAUGGCCAGGUCUUCCACAGUCCAGUUGGGUGUGACCUGGAAGUUUGUGUGCAAGCGCAGGAUCAGUACAACCGAACACAUACGGACAUCUUCUUGACUGGAGUCGACCAAGCGUACGCAGCGGCCUUCGACUCGACCUGUCAGCCCAGCUCCUACCCUUCAACUCUCAACCCGCUGUUCCCUGUCAGCAGCGCUGAGCCUCCUUCUUAUGCCCCGGGGCCUUGCAAGAAAUGCCUGCGCUGGAAAGCAUCGCCAGGUCAUGAGAACAAGAACUUCACCGCUUGCUUCGUAGCUUCAGACGCAGACGUCAAUUCUAUCCUCGCCAUCCAGAGGUGCAUUAUAGUCCUCGUCCCCAAGUGCAAGUACUGUAUCCAGGCUGGGGACUCUCUGCACUCCAUCAACAGGAGGUUCGACUUCAGCUCCAACUGGCUGCAGCUGUGGAACACCAAUGGCAUGUCUGAGCUCCAUCCUGAUCCUCUCUCGCCCACCACGGCCUUCGGAGAUCCGGACGAGAUCACUGCAACUAACGCCAUCAUUCACCUCGGGCCCUUGUACGCCAUCAAAGUUGGCGAAGACCUCGAGCAUGUAGCCAGCCGUUUCAGGACGACGGUGAAGAAGAUUCUUCAGAUCAACCCUGACAUCUCCGACCCCUCUGCGAUCUCGCCUGGUCAAGUCUUGUGCCUCAUUCCCUGCUCCAUGGAUUGA